AUGAAUAUCUAUCUUAUGCAGGACUCAAGUCUUAUGCAAGCUAUUAAGAAAGGAGUCACCUUGGCUGACAUGGAAAAGAUGGACAAAUGGACAGCUGAAGAGAGAAUGAGUAUGGAGACAAAUGCAAAAGCAAUGAACACAUUGAUUUGUGCACUAUGCCCAGAGGAAUUCAGCCGAAUAUCAACAUGCAAAACAGAAAAGGAAAUUUGGGAUAAACUAGAGGUAACUCAUGAGGGUACAAACCAGGUAAAAGAAAUAAAAAUAAAUAUUCUGGUUCAUGACUAUGAAUUAUUUACUAUGAAAGAAGAUGAAUCUAUUAAAGACAUGUACACCAGAUUUAAUGAUAUUGUUUCAACUUUAGAGUCUCUAGGAAAAACUUUUACAAAUGGUGAAAAAGUUGGGAAGAUUCUAAGAAGCUUACCUAGAUCAUGGGAUCCUAAAGUCACUGCUAUUACUGAGGCAAAAGAUUUAGACAAACUUGAAUUUGAUAAUCUACUAGGAUCACUAAUGACUCAUGAAAUGAGCAAGUGGUUCCUUGAUAGUGGCUGCUCAAGGCACAUGAUAGGAGAUCAAGAUCUUCUCAGCAACAUUGUUCUCAAGGAAGGAGGUAAGGUUUUCUAUGGUGACAAUUCUCAAGGUAAGAUUAUAGGUAUGGGUUCUAUUUCUUUUGAAAAUAUUACUUUAGAGAAUGUAUUUAUUGUUGAUGGUCUUAAACAUAAUUUGAUUAGUAUUAGUCAACUGUGUGAUUUAAACUAUGAAGUUUGUUUUGAUGGUAACUCUUGUAAAGUUGUGUGCUCUAAGUCAAAAGAAAUAAAAUUAAAAGGAAAUAGAGUAGGAAACAUCUAUCUCACAUUCCUAGAAUCUUCCAAAAUGGAAAACUGUUUAGUUACAAAUUCAUCUCAAUAUUCUUGGCUGUGGCAUAAUAGGUUAGGGCAUGCUACUAUGAACCUAAUAAACAAGUUAGUGAAACAUGAUCUUGUUAUUGGAUUGCCUAAGCUUAAAUUUGAAAGAGAUCACAUUUGUGGCACUUGCAUGAAAGGCAAACAAAUCAGUAUAUCAUUCAAACCAAUAAAUGAAGUAUCAACAUCUAGACCUCUAACACUACUUCACUUAGACUUAUUUGGUCCAAUGAGGACUCUAAGCUUAGGAGGUAAACAAUAUGUUUUAGUUAUAAUAGAUGAUUAUUCUAGAUUCACAUGGGUAAUUUUUCUUGCAUCUAAAAAUGAAACAUUUAAGUCAUUUGAAAUAUUUAGUAAAAGAAUUCAAAGAGAAAAAGGCUUUUGUAUUUCAAAAAUUAGAAGUGAUCAUGGAGGAGAAUUUGAAAAUGAAUCAUUCAAACUGUUUUGUGAAGAAAAUGGAAUAGAUCAUAACUUUUCUUGUGCUAGGACUCCUCAACAAAAUGGUGUAGUAGAAAGAAAGAAUAGAUCUUUACAAGAAAUGGCUAGAACAAUGCUUUGUGAUAAAAACCUUCCUAAGUACUUUUGGGCAGAAGCUGUGCAUACUGCCUGCCAUAUUUUAAAUAGAGUUUCAAUGAGGCCUUUAUUGAAAAAGACUCCAUAUGAAUUAUUUAAAGGAAGAAAACCCAACAUAAGUCAUUUUCAUGUGUUUGGUAGUACUUGCUAUAUUCUCAACAAUGGAAAAGAAUCUCUAGGUAAAUUUGAUGCUAAAAGUGAUGAAGGUAUAUUCUUAGGUUAUUCAUCUCAAAGUAAAGGUUAUAGGGUAUUUAACAAAAGAACCCUAGUGGUAGAGGAAACAAUCCAAGUUAUAGUUGAUGAUAUAAGCCUUGAGGUUCCAAAACCUAGAGAAGAUGGUGAAAAUAAUGUAACUCAAAAUUUUGAAAAACUUUCUAUAAGACAAAAUGAGUUGGAAGCCAUAAGAAUGUUGUUAGCAUUUACUUGUUUAAAAAACUUCAAAUUAUAUCAAAUGGAUGUUAAGAGCGCUUUCUUAAAUGGGUAUAUUAAUGAAGAAGUUUAUGUAGAACAACCCCCGGGAUUUGAAAAUCACAAAUAUGAAGACCAUGUGUUCAAAUUAUCUAAAGCUUUAUAUGGUCUAAAACAAGCCCCUAGAGCUUGGUAUGAGAGACUUAGUAAGUUUCUCUUAGAAAAAGGAUUUAAAAGAGGCCAAAUAGAUACAACAUUAUUUAUAAGAAGUCAUGAUAAGGACAUCUUAUUAGUUCAAAUAUAUGUGGAUGACAUCAUUUUUGGAUCUACAAAUAAAUCUCUUUGUGAUCAAUUUGCAAUUCUUAUGCAAGGAGAAUUUGAGAUGAGUAUGAUGGGAGAACUUAAGUACUUUCUAGGAUUGCAAAUAAAACAAGAAGAAGAAGGUAUAUAUAUUUCUCAACAAAAAUACAUAAGAGAUCUUCUCAAAAGGUUUGAUGUUCAAGAUUGUAAACCUAUGGCUACACCUAUGAGUAGUUCUCAAAGCCUAGAUAAAGAUGAAUUAGGGAAAACUGUAGAUAACAAGCUGUAUAGAAGUAUGAUUGGCUCUCUGCUUUAUUUAACAGCUAGUAGACCUGAUAUUAUGUUUAGUGUGUGCUUAUGUGCUAGGUUCCAAUCUAAUCCCAAAGAAUCUCACUUGAAAGCAGUUAAAAGAAUUUUGAGAUACCUAAAAGGAUCUACAAAUCUAGAACUAUUUUAUGCAAAAUCAAAUAUUUUUAAACUAGUAGCAUACACUGAUGCAGAUUAUGAUGGAUGUAAAAUAGAUAGAAAAAGUAAAAGUGGUUCAUGUCAAUUCUUAGGAAAUUGUUUGGUAUCGUGGUCAAGUAGAAAACAAAAUACAGUGGCUCUAUCAUCUACUGAGGCUGAGUAUGUAGCAGCUGAAAAUUGUUGUGCUCAAAUAUUAUGGAUGAAAUACCAAGUAGAAGACUAUGGCAUAAGGCUUCAAAACAUCCCAAUAAAAUGUGACAAUACUAGUGCUAUAGCUUUGACAAAAAAUCCAGUGUUUCAUGCAAGAACUAAACAUAUAGAAGUAAAACAUCAUUUUAUUAGAGACUAUGUUCAAAAAUGA